AUGUCUAAGUCAGAGUCUCCCAAAGAGCCUGAACAGCUGCAGAAGUUCUUCAUCGGAGGUCUGAGCUUUGAAACAACUGAUGAGAAUCUGAGGAGCCAUUUUGAGCCAUGGGGAACACUUAUGGACUGUGUGGUAAUGAGAGAUGCCAACACCAAGCACUCCAGAGGCUUUGGGUUUGUCACCUAUGCCCCUGUGGAGGAGGUGAAGGCAGCCAUGAAUGCAAGGCCAUACAAGGUGGAUGGAAGAGUUGUGGAACCAAAGAGGGUUGUCUCAAGAGAAGAUUCUCAAAGACCUGGUGCCCACUUAACUGUGAAAAAGAUUUUUGUUGGUGGCAUUGAAGAAGACACUGAAGAACAUCAUCUAAGAGAUGAUUUAGAACAGUGUGGGAACAUCAAAGUGAUUGAGAUCAUGACUGACCGAGGCAGUGGCAAAAAGAGGGGUUUUGCUUUUGUAACAUUUGAUGAUCAUGAUUCUAUAGACAAGAUUGUCAUUCAAAAAUACCAUACUGUGAAUGGCCACAUCUGUGAAGUAAGGAAAGCACUCUCUAAGCAAGAGAGGGCUCCUGCUUCACCCAGCCAAAGAGGUCGAAGUGGUUCUGGAAACUGGUGCAACUUUGGAGGUGGCGGAAGCUAUAAUGAUUUUGGCAAUUACAAUAAUCAAUCCUCAAAUUUUGGACCCAUGAAAGGAGGCAAUUUUGGAGGCAGAAGCUCUGGCCCUUAUGGUGGUGGAGGCCAGUACUUCGCCAAACCACGAAACCAAGGUGGCUAUGGUGGUUUCAGCAGCAGCAGCAGCUACGGCAGUGGCAGAAGGUUUUAAUUACUGCUAGAAAACAAAGCUUAGCAGGAGAGGAGAGCCAGAGAAGUGACAGGAAAGCUACAGGUUACGACAGAUUUGUGAACUCAGCCAAGCACAGUGGUGGCAGGGCUUAGCUGCUACAAAGAAGACAUGUUUUAGACAAUACUCAUGUGUA